AGGCACCAUGGCACAAGUACUUGCCUCCCCAGGGUUGUUUUCUGAUGAUGAAGCUGCAGCCUCCCCUGUGCUUGAGUCCACAGCAACAGGGUUUGGGGCUGACCUGCGCAAGGACCUGCUGCCGGAGUUCUCUGCCAUCUCCCCAAACCUGGAGGGCUCUCAGGCUGUAGCUGAAGACAAUAAUGGAAAAUUAAAGGUCUACCUCAGAGUUCGACCUCUGAAAUCUACAGAAGUGGAAAAGGGGGAAGACCAGGGCUGUGUCUGUAUUGAGAACUCAGAAACCCUUAUUCUAAAAGCUCCAAAGAAUUCCUUCACCAUGCGGAGCACGGAGCGAGGAGUGGGACAAGCAGUGCACAGAUUCUCCUUCACCCGGAUUUUUGGACCAGAGGUGGGGCAGAAAUUGUUCUUUGAUGAGACAAUGAAGCAGGUGAUAAAGGAUGUGCUGAGUGGGCAGAACUGUCUGGUUUACACCUAUGGCAUCACCAAUUCAGGGAAGACUCACACGAUUCAGGGCACCACCCAAGAUGGGGGGAUUCUGCCUCGCUCUUUGGCAACCAUCUUCAACAGUGUGGGGGACCGGCUGUACCAGGCCAUGGACCUGAAGCCUGUCCUCUCCAACGAGGUGAGCUGGCUGGACAGCAGGCAGGUGCGGCAGGAGGAGACCAAGAAGCAGAUGAUGCUGCAGGGGGGUUUCUGGGAGGAGGAGCUGCUAACGCCACUGAAGAGGAGUCAAAGUGCUGAAUCUCAGCUCCAGGCCACCACCAGUGGCAGCUUUGACAGUGGAGUUGCUGGUCUGUCUUCAUCCAGCCAACUCACCAACCAUUCAGACCUCAGCCAGACAGAAGAACUGGGCCCUUGCUGGGCUGACCUGGAUCACAUUUCACUCACCAGCACAGAUGUGCAGUUCUCCAUCUGGGUCUCCUUCUUUGAGAUUUACAACGAGUUAAUCUAUGACUUGUUGGAACCAGCUCUACCUGGGCAGAACCGCAAGCGGCAAACACUGCGGCUCUGUGAGGACCAGACUGGAAACCCCUAUGUGAAAGAUCUGAACUGGAUCAAUGUCCGGGAUGCUGAUGAGGCCUGGAAGCUCCUGAAACUGGGUCGGAAAAACCAGAGUUUUGCGAGCACCCACAUGAACCAGAACUCCAGUCGCAGUCACUGUGUGUUCUCCAUUCGGAUUCUGCACUUGCAAAGAGGUGGCAGUGAUGUUGUUCCAAAAAUCAGCGAGUUAUCCCUGUGUGACCUGGCAGGGUCUGAGCGCUGCAAGGACCAGAAAAGCGGGGACCGAAUGAAAGAAGCCAACAACAUCAACACCUCCCUGCACACCCUGGGCCGCUGCAUCGCCGCCCUCCGCCAGAACCAGCAGGCCAGGACAAAGCAGGCAGUGGUUCCGUUCCGGGACAGCAAACUGACCCGCGUGUUCCAGGGCUUCUUCAGCGGGCGCGGGCGCUCCUGCAUGAUUGUCAACAUCAACCAGUGUGCAUCCACCUAUGAUGAGACCCUGCACGUAGCCAAGUUCUCAGCCAUUGCCAGCCAGCUUGUUCAGGCACCUCCUACAAAGCUGGGACUUCCAUCCUUACAAUCCAUCAUCAAAGAACACAACAGGCGAAUCAGCCAGGGGCCAGAGGCAGAGCCAGAGGAAGAUGUGGAAUCAGAAGACGACACUGAGAAUGAUGAGGCAGAUGUCUCCAUGUAUGAGAAGAAGGACUUGCUGCGUGUGGUUGAAGCUGCACGAGAGCUGCUGGUGCAGGAGCGGCAGAAGAAGCUGCAGCUCGAGGUGCGCCUGCGUGAGGAGAUCUGCAACGAGAUGCUGGAGCACAUGCAACAGAAGGAGCAGUGGUGGAGCCAACACGUGGAUGCUCAAAGAGAGCAGAUGGAGGAACUGUAUGAGGGUAAAAUAACCAUCCUGAAGGAGUUACUGACUGACCACUACCAGGAGAAGAUGCAGGAGCGUGACGAGGAGAUUUUGGAGCUCAAAGCUGCUCUGCAGGAGACCAAACAAAAACUGGAGAGCCUGGAUACCAAGCAAAAGGACGUGGAACAAAGUGCACGUCGAUCCAAGCGAGCGGCCACCUCAUCUGCUCUGCAGCAAGAGCUGGCAGACACCAAAGCCAGGCUGGAGCAGUGUCAAAAGGAGUUGAAUUCCACAAGCGCAGAGUUGCGCAAAUACCAGAAAUUAGUGGAGCCACCUCCCUCUGCCAAACCCAUUACUAUGGAUGUGGACAGGAAGCUGCAGGAUGGACAGAAGAAUGUCAGAUUGCUGCGUUCAGAGCUACAAAAAAUUGGGGAGUCUCUCCAAUCUGCAGAGCGGGCGUGCUGCCACAGCACAGGGGCAGGGAAGCUGCGAGAAGCCCUGGGCACGUGUGAUGACAUCCUGGCAAGACAGGACCAGACCCUGGCAGAGCUGCAGAACAACAUGAUGCUGGUGAAGCUGGACCUGCGCAAGAAGGCGGCCUGCAUUGCUGAGCAGUACCACACGGUGCAGAAACUGCAGGCGCCAACGUCCACCCUCAAGAAACGCUUCUGUGCCAACAGGGAAAACCUGCAGCCCAAUCAGCCUCCUGGCAAAAAGCCCUUCCUGCACAACAUCCUGACACGUUCAGCCACCCGUCCUGCGGCUGCCAGAGGCUGGCAACUUCGUUCAGUUGCUCUGUGACUU